CCAUACAUUCCCGGAAUCAAACGUCGUGAACACUUCACCUUCUCUCGACAGCUUAUACAUAUACCACAGCCAUAUACCAACAGUCGCUACCUUGCCAACUUCCCCACCAUGAAGAACUUCGCCGCUGCUAUCCUCGCCAUCGUGCCCUUGAUCGCUGCUGCUCCAGCAUGCCCUGCUCCAGCGCCCGAAGUGACUGGAAACGUCCGCAUCUGCACCGGUGAAAACUACACCGGCACCUGCAUCUCUGUCGAGGCCCCUAACAACCAAUGCCAACAACUCUCCGACCCAUACCUUAAGAACGUCGGCUCUUUCAAGGUCUCUCCUGGCUGGCAGUGUAGAAUUACUUACUCUGCGGAAACCUGCACACUUCACGGCGAUGCCUUCAUCCAGCCUACUCCUUCGGCUCCUAACCUGCACGAGUUCAACAACCCUGCCACUGGGGAGACUGUCGAUGCUGGUAACCAAAUCACCAGCUAUCUUUGCCAGGAAUGCACUGCUUGCCAGUAGGUUAACGUAAUUGAACGACUAGAAUAGGUUUGUGGACAGGUCACGCUAUUUGAGGUCCAUUUAUGUUUGAUUUGUAUAUGGAAUCAACGAGAUAUAGUCAUGGAUACUACGAAAUAAUACGAUUAAUGUUUCCAUGCUCACAUGGACCCUAAGAACAAACAGGACUUACUUGCUUUGGGAUAUUCGGAUGUGGCGAGAACGAUCAUGAGAUAAAGUGGGAGAUGCGUGUUG